GAGUAGCCACGUUGACAAGUGAAGCUACACGGAGGAGGAGUGUCUUGCCUUGAAGUCAGCAAACCUGUCUGUCUUCCGUACUGGACUCGCGAUUGCCCUGUUGGCGGCGGCGGCGACGACGGAGGCGGCUCCAGAGCAAACAAUGUCUUCGCCGCCCAAAGUCAAAGCAGAAACCCGCGCUGGACAUCCUCCCGCCGUCAAAGCUGGUGGAAUGAGAAUUGUGCAAAAGCAUCCACAUGCUCCAGAUACCAAAGAAGACAAAGAUAAAGAGGAUACGGAAUGGGAAAGUGGCACCAGUCCACCCAAACCAACGGUGUUUAUUUCUGGUGUAAUUGCAAGGGGUGAUAAAGACUUCCCUCCAGCUGCAGCACAAGUAGCCCAUCAGAAACCACAUCCCUCUGUGGAAAAACAUCCUCCCCUACAACAUGUCAACCAAUACAUCCACCAGCCCCGUAAAUGAAUUGCCUGUCCAGAUUAGCCAUGGUGUUUUGCAAAUGGAAAAAUUAAGCGAUUCCUACUACCAGAUCUUUUUAAAAAAUGGAUAUCUCCUGCUUUUGCCUUAAUUCCUAUGGUUUAAUGACGGGGAGGGGAGAGUAGAAAGGGGGAAAUCACUUCAUUUGUCCCAGCUGAAAAGCCAGUGAAAAAUGUUAUGUUCAUAGCAAUGCAACAUACUGCAGAUAGUUUAGGUUAGUAAUUUCUUGGAAUAAUUAUUUUAAGCUUUUUCUAUUCUUGGAUAUUGGCAUUCCAGGAACAUGUUAAGAAAGUCAUAAUGGCUUAUAACUUUUUCUUGCUCUUUUCUAAUGGAUUUUUUUAAAAAGUAUGUAUGACUCAGAUUUCAUUUGGAUUGUUCUUGUUCUGUUCUUAAAUGUGUUGCGGGAAGAACCAGCUGCUUUUUUUUUUUUAAUGGAUAGUCUGAAAUGAUGAAAUUUCUCUUGCAAUAUGUGGCCUUCUAGGAGAAUGAUCUUGUGGCUCUAGCAACACAGCCAAACAUUCUGAUUAUAGCCUGGUUCUCUGCAUUUCUUUCCUGAUCAAUAGAAGUAAAAGAUUGUAUAGAUCUGCUUGUGGCUUAAUUUUUAAAUAAUUCCUGAAGUUUUGGCAAUUUUUCAUCUUUUCAAAACGUUUUUUACAUAUGCAGGAAUCAGAUAUGCAGUCUUUCGUACAAAUAAAAACUAGAUUACGGUACAUGGAAAGUUGGCUGAAAUGUUUUUUUCCUGGGAAUCUGUAUGCGCAAGUAUUUCUUCAAUGAACUAUGAAUGAAUAUUCAGGUUUGAAACAUAUAACCUAAAAUGCUAUGGAUCAUAUUUAAUUAUUGCAAGUUUGAUAUACACUGACAACUAACGUUUUGUGCUAGGUGAAUCUGGUGAAAGCUGAAGUAAUGUAUGUUCAUGAGCAAGCAGUGUACUUUUUUAUUUUUCAUAGCAAACAGAACCAAGGCCAAUUCUCAUGUGAUAAGCAAUCUCAGAUAACAGAUUGCUAUUGAAAAAUCUGUGUCUGUUUGUCAGAUGUCUCUGUUACGUUCAGUGGGAACUAGGUGAACAGAGUAAGACACACAUAUGAAUGGAAACUUGCAGUAGCUAUACGUGGAGAAUAUCUUUGCUGAAUUGGAGAAAGAAGUAAACAAUGUAAGCUACUUAGUGAAAGCUGGUCAUGCAUACACAACUAUAUUGCAGCUGUAUAAUUUUAAAAUCAUUCAGUUCUAUAUCAUCAAAUUUCCCUUGCUUUUUAAUAGGCACUUUAAUUUUAAUUGUUUAAAGUAUACUACAAGCCAUUUCAAUUUUCAAACAAACCAUUUUAAUUAUUUUCAGAAAAGUUACCUGUUAAUGUAUCAUUGUUGUAAGUGUUUUUACUCCUCUUGGGCUUAGGAAAACCAUUUACCUUUAAGGACUACAUGAGAAAAUGGUAAGAAGAAGGAAUUUUUCAUAAUAAAUGUUUCUGAAAAUGUUGGUAAA